AUGUCGCUCUCCGAAAAGAGCGUCAUCUCAAUACCCCCUCCGGCCAAAUGUGCGUCGGCUUCGACGAGCCCCAGAAGCACCCUGGUGGACGUCGAGACGACCAUGCCGAAGUCUAUCUCCGAAAAGACGGAUCGUGCUCUGACACAGAGCCCUGAUAGCUUUGACCUGGAAGCCCAGGUCACCAAGAAGAAGCCCUUCUCUUCAUCUCGUUUUAUCCUCCUCAACAUCUACCGCCGUCUAUUUACAUUGGUCUUCUGUGCCAAUGUGGCUGUCUUUAUCUAUGUUAUGACCGCAGAUCGCAAACUACUGGCAUUGGUGAAUGCAACCGCUGCCAAUUUACUCGCAUGCGGUCUGGCACGCCAACCUCUGGUGGUAAACGCCAUUUUCCUCAUUGUAUGCUCAAUCCCCCGAUCCGCUCCCUUGAGACUCCGCCGUAUUGCAGCAAAAGUAUACCACUAUGGCGGAGUCCAUAGCGGGUGUGGAGUAGCCUCCUUUAUUUGGUAUGCAGGCUUCGUGGGCUUGAUGUCGAAGGAAUACUGGUCUCCAUCGACUGGAAAGUCCACGAUCUCCGUAGGACCAGUCGCCGUGGCCUACAUUAUUCUAGUCUUACUUCUCGCAAUCAUCGUCGUUGCUUACCCUGGGUUUCGGUUCAAGAAACAUGACUACUUCGAAUUGACACAUCGUUUCUCUGGAUGGUUGGUGGUGGCACUCUUCGUGGUACUGCUCAUGCUCUUCGUCAAUGAUUUUAGCCGAGCUGCCCAUCAAUCAUUCGGCCGCUUUCUUAUCGAGCUUCCAGCCUUUUGGUUCUUGAUGGUGACCGUUGCUGCCAUCGUUCACCCGUGGCUACUGUUGCGGAAGGUCCCAGUCAAGCCUGAAUACCUCUCAAACCAUGCAGUGAGACUUCACUUCAACCACACCACCACUACAUUUGGCAAGGGCAUCCAGCUGGCAAGGCAUCCACUGCGCGACUGGCAUGGCUUUGCAACCUUCCCGGACCCCGAGGCCAAGACGUUCUCAAGCCUCGUUUCCAAAGCCGGGGACUGGACCACAGCCUGUAUCAACGAUCAACCCACUCACCUCUGGAAGCGAGGUGUCCUGGUCUAUGGGUUCGCAUACGCAAUGAGGGUAUUCAAGAGAGUGGUUGUGGUCACGACCGGAUCCGGCAUCGGGCCGUGCCUUUCAUUCUUGGGAGAUGACAACCGACCCAAGCUCCGUGUUGUAUGGCAGACACGCACUCCUCUGAAGACCUAUGGGCAAGGAGUACUCGACUUGGUCUCCAAAAUGGAUACCGACCCAUACAUUAUCAACACCAGGGAUUCUGGUCGUGUUGAUAUGGUGCCAAUCAUUCGAAAGCUCUACAAGGAAUUCGAUGCGGAAGCUGUAUGCGUGAUCAGCAAUCCUUUCGUGACGAAGAAAGUGGUAUUCGAGCUCGAGUCCGGGGGCAUUCCUGCUUUCGGCCCUAUAUUCGAUUCAUGA